AGAGGACCCUAAUUAUAACCCAGCAACUCAAUUCAAACUUUCUCACUUUGAAUUGAAGACUCUAGCUCAAGCACUACGGAAAUGGAUGCGGAAACUUCAUGUUUUGAGACGAGCGAGAUUCUAGCGACAUUUCUGGCGUCCACGCCGGUGUUAUUAGAAUCAUGGAGGCUUUGCGACCUCGCCAACAGAAACUCGCAGGGAAGUUUCCUAAUGAAAUCUAUCGGAAGCGUGUGCUACGUUGCUUUCUCCGGUUUCUCUGGCAUACAAGAGGUCUCCGGGUCGGAUCGGGAUUGGAAAGGCUUGGUCCCUCUGGAUGCUAAUCUCUUCGCUCCGUUAAAUCGAUACGGCGAAGGAGAGGGACCAAUCAUGGUGCACGAGGCGAUGCUAAAUCUCUUCUUGUCCGUGUAUCACUGUCCUAAUUUCCGAUGCCAGGUCAGUCGAUCUCUAUUCGCAGCCCUCUGAUUAUUGAUUAUAGAGAAAGAAGCGAAAAAUAGUACAAUAAAAGUUUUUUUUAUUUUUAUUUUUGUUGUUUGUAUUUUUAGCUGGGCGAAGCGUUAUAUUUUUUUUAAUCUUAAAAUAAUUAUAUUUUUUAUUU